AUGUUCUACUCCGAGGCCAUCCUCUCCAAGAAGGGCCCCCUCGCCAAGGUCUGGCUUGCCGCACACUGGGAGCGCAAGCUGACAAAGAAUCAGCUCCUGCAAACCAAUCUUCACAGCUCUGUUGAUGCCAUCGUGGGUACCGACCAAGCACCCAUGGCACUUCGUCUCUCGGGCCAGCUUCUUCUUGGCGUUGCAAGGAUCUACUCACGCAAGACAAAAUACCUGUUAGAGGACUGUAACGAGGCCCUGAUGAAGAUUAAGGUCUUCAGGUCUGACGCCAGUAGCAAGGACAGCAAUCUCCUCGCGCUUGAUGCCAACGCAGAGCACGGCGCUGGCUCUAGAGCUGCUGCCGCAGCAUUCAACGCUAUUACAGUACCCGACGCCAUGACUGAAUACGACUUGUUGAUGCCAGCGCAGGCCAUUGAUAUCAGUGCCUGGGGCCUGCAUCCCAAGUUGAAUCAUCUCUCUGACCAUCGCGAUAUCACACUCGAAAGUAACGAAGGCGAUUUGCUCUCUGCUACAGGGAAUUAUCAGGCACUGGAUCAUGGACGCCGUCAUAUGGGACUCGACAUUGAAGUCGGGAGGACUCAAAUGAACCGCAUCGGUGGAGGAGGAUACAGGACGAUGGAUUUCGAUCUCGCAGGUCCGGACGAUGCCCUGGACCUCGGAAUGUUUGAUGAUGAUUUGGCGACUGCUGGAGAGUUUGAUUUUUUGAAGCGCAACCAUCGACGGGAUGAUCUCGAGAUUGAAAUUGGUCGUGAUGCGGCGACUACGCGCAGGUCUGCCAGUGCGGAACCCUUUGGUAUGGUUGGAUUGGGAGAAAAGCAAGGAGCAUUGCGUUUGGGUGAGGGCUCUGAAGAUGGUCGCGCUCCCAGUGUGCAUGGCUCGGUUCAGGAUCAACCCGCUUUCGACGAAUUUCUUCCUAUCCAGGAUGGUGCCCGUGGUCCUCUCAACUUUGAGAUCGCUGAGGAAGGUCAACAGGGGCCGAAUGCCCAGCAGCAACCCAUGAUUAAAAAACGCAAGUUGGUUGUCGAUGCAGAGACCGAGAUGACUCAGGAGGACUUUAUGGCGAAUGGCCUGUUGACGACUCACGAAAUGCUUCCGAGAUCUCGCAAGCUGCUGAGGCUUCAGCAGAUUGAACAGGAUGUAGCUCAUGGUGGUCUGGCGGGCUAUCUCUUGGACUGCACCGCUGGACCUCGUGUGAUGGGUGGCGCAUUGGUUCCCGAGUUGGCGAGCAUGUUUUCACGACGACUUCAGAUUGUACAGGAGGAGCCCUUGGUAGAGGCGCAGAAAGGCGGAGCUUUGUGGCAGCAGGACAAAGUCGAGACAUGGAUGGAACAGGUGCAUGACGACGAACUGGAUUUCGGCAUGCGUCAGAUCACACCGCCUCCCGCAGAUACAUUCGAUGACUUCCGCUUGGGUUCCCCCACCAGAGAGGGACAGGCAGAGGCUACAGCUGUACCUGGCGUGCCAGCAGAGGGCUCGUUGUUCCAGGAAAUGGAGGAAUUGAAUGCGCCGGUGACGACGACAAAGCAAUUACUCGGAACAGUGUUUUCGACCUCGACGAUCCAAACGAUGCGACUUGUUCAGCAAGGACUUGAAUAUUAUGGAGGCGUGAACGCAGAUGAAGACCAGGGUGCACCCUCUCGAUCGACACGCACUGCGACGGUUGCGACAGCGAGUUCAGCACAGAACAAGGGCAAUACCGCACGUGUGAAAUUUACGGAACUGAUGGAAGGACCGGCUAAGAGCCAGCAGAAGAGGAACAAGGCGGCUGCGUCAAAGUUAUUCUUUGAGUUGCUUGUGCUUGCGACGAAGGAUGUGGUGAAGGUUGAGCAGGAGGAGAGCUUUGGGGAGAUUGCUGUAGGGGGCAGUCCUUGGUUGGAGACGUUGGUCAAGGCUGAUGCGGAGACAGCGGAGCAGCAGGCGCUGACUGAGGCUGAGGUUCAGGCGUGA